UUCCUACAGACAACCGAUGCAUUCAUAAGGCUCUGGGACCGCUCUCGUCUGGUUCUCUCGCUUCCUCUUCUGUUCCCCCAUUCAUCAAUCCAGUCCUUCGUUUGACUUAUACAAGUACAUAAUAAUGGCAGGCUCAAAACUGUCUGCAGCUCUUGCUGCCCUCACAUUCGUUUCUUCUGUUUCUUCUGUCGCCGCCUGGUCAUCCAACUCGACGAGCUCUGUCUGCGCGACCUCCUCCCAAUGUGUUCCCUUCACCAUUGACGUGACAUGGGGUACCACCAGCUCAGACAUCGGUGCGCCCAGAGAAGCCAUCUUGACCAACGGCACCGUGCCAGGUCCUCCCCUGAAGCUCAAGGUCGGCGACUGUGUUGACUUCACCGUUAUCAACAACCUCAACAACGUGACCGGCGUUCACUUCCACGGUAUCAGACAGAAUGGCACACCAUGGGCCGACGGUGUUCCCGGUGUUUCCCAGUAUGUCAUCAAGCCAGGUACCAGCUACAUGUACCAAUGGACUGCGGAAGAGGCUGGUAUCUACUUCUACCACGCACAUUAUAAGGGACAAAUGGGUGACGGUCUGUAUGGUGCUAUCCAGAUCGCUCCUGCGGACGAUGCAGAGCUCCCUUACAGCCAGAUCAGCAGCUCCUCGGAUGAUGUUGAGAAGAUGACCCAGGCUGCUCUCGACACUGAGGUUCUGUUUGUCUCCGACUGGAGCCAGUUCACCUUUGAAGAACUGUUCAACAUCGAGAAGAGCGCGAACAUCGACGAUGCUUGCACUGAUUCCAUCAUUAUCAACGGCAAGGGUUCGACCUACUGCCCAAGUGCUGAUGUCCUUGCUGCCAACGCUGCCCCUCAAGUUCCUCAAAUCUUGAACGGCACCUCUUUGACCGCAAAGGGCUGCAUCCCACCAAACAACAAGCUGAUCCAAGGUCCUCAGUUCACCCAGAACCUUGCAGCUCUUCCAGAUGGAGCAUACUACACUUGCACACCCCACACCGGUUCCAACUACACCGUCCAGGUUGACGCUGCGGAUGGAUGGAAAUCCAUUUCCCUGAUCAACCCCUCUGCUUUCGCUCUCCUGAAGGUCACCAUCGACAGCCACAAGUUGUACGUCUACGAGAACGACGGUAGCUUCAUCAUCCCUCAAAUGGUUGACGAGAUCGUUGUUGCCGGUGGCGACCGUGUCAGCUUCUUGAUCAAGCUUGACCAGACCCCUGGUAACUAUCAGAUCCGUGUUGCCAACGAUGGUAUCAACCAGGUCAUCUCUGGAUUCGGUGUCCUGUCCUACAAGGGUGCGCAAGGUUUCCUCGGUACUGCUGCUAUGAACUACGGAGGUGGCAACCUCACCACCAUUGUUCCUUUCAACCCAGCUGCCGCUGCUCCUUUCCCAGCCUCCUCAGUUGCUGCUUCCGCCGACGUCAGCUACGUUCUCGACAUCAUGAAGAACCCUGCUCAGCCUCUGGAUGCUUGGUCCUGGACCCUCAGCGGUGUUGAAGCCUACAACCAGAGCCGUGACGACGGCACCCCACCUCUGUUGUACCAGAACCCUGCCAGCAUUCCCAAGUCUGAUCUCAUCAUUGAGACCUACAUGAACCAAUGGGUCGAUCUGAUCAUCAAGGUCGCUGGCCCAGUCGCUGAGCCUCACCCCAUCCACAAGCACGCCAACAAGUUCUACGUCAUCGGAUCUGGUGUUGGUGACUUCAACUUCACCUCGGUCGCUGAUGCGCAAGCUGCUGGAUACCCAUUCAACCUUGUCAACCCACCAUACGUUGACGGCUACACCAGCACCCCCGCUGAGGGCAAUGGCACCUGGAUGGUCUUCCGAUACCAAGUCAACACUCCCGGUGCUUGGCUUCUCCACUGCCACGUCCAGACUCACUUGUCUGGUGGUAUGGCCGUCGCCAUCCUUGACGGCAUCGACAACUUCCCAGUUCCACCAUCCGACGUUGGUGAGGUCUGCCCUGGCAAUGGCCACAGCAACUUCCCCGGUGGAAACGGCAACGGUUCUGGUAACGGAAACGGCUCUGGAUCCAACAACGGCAGUGGUUCCAACGGCGGUUCCGACUCUGGCAACGGCUCAGGAUCAGGCUCCAACAACGGCGGCUCAUCGACCGGCUACGGCUCUCAAGUCUCUGGCUCGCCAAACGGCACCACCAGCGGUGGUCAGGGAUCUACCAGCACCGGCUCCGGCCCUGCCAUCUACACUGGUGCUGCCUCAUCUUUGGCACCGUCAGCGCUCUUUGGCGUUGUUGCCGUGGCCCUUGCCUUCUCGUUGUAAAAAAAGAAAAGAGUUGGGUGCAGCUUCUUCCUACUUUAAUGAACCUUCUGGCUGGGGAACACAUUUUUGUGUGUAUUCAAUUUUUUCAUUUGUCGCGAAACUUUUCACUCUUGUCUGUACGUUCAUGAAGCUUUUUUUGUGGAUGGAAAAUUUAUUGGCCAGUUUUAUACCGCCAUGUACCCGGUUUGCAGCAUAUAACGGAUUAUAUACCACUUGGGGAGCAUUUGACCCUGACAUAUUCAGUCGUGUGGACUGAACAGGGAACAGCAGCACGCAGCAUCUUUCAUGGGUAGAAACCAAACCCGUCUAUACUAGUCAAUAAAACGAUAAAAAUCGGAAACUUCAAUUCUUGUUCGC